GAGAGGGGGAGGGGAGGAGAAGGGGAGAGGUGGCAGGUGUGAGGAGAAGGAGAAAAGGCAGGGGAGGAGAGAGACAGGCAAAGCGGCAGCAGCAGUCUCAGACCCUGUAUCAGAGAACCUGACUGGGAAGAUGGAGAAACUCAGUGUGACUGUCCCAGCCGGGAGAGAGGAGGGGGAUGAGAGAGGAGAGGGUCAGGAAGUAGACAGGAGGAAGAAGGCUAGCGUUGAGGGCAGGAGGAGCAGAGGAGUUGAGGGAGGAGGUGAGAAGACAGAGGAGAAGAAGAGAGAGAGGGGAAACCGCAGGAACAGAGGAGGAGGAGGGGAGAAGGGGGGCAAUCAGGACUCCAAGAGAAGAGGAAGAGGGGAAGGAGGAGGGGGGAAGGGUGGGCGAGUGAUUAAAGAGAGAAAUAAGAGAGAGUCAGAGGGGGACAAAGAGGAGGAAGCAAACCGUCCUGCAGAUACACAGCCAACAAAAGGAAGAGAAAAACAGAGGGAUAAAGAGACGGAAAGAGAGGACCCGAGGGACAGGGAGAUGGAGAGGGACAAGCAGAGAGGGAACAACAGACCCCGAGACAGAGAAAGAGAGGAACCGAGGGACAGGGAGAUGGAGAGGGACAAGCAGAGAGGGAACAACAGACCCCGAGACAUAGACAGAGAAAGAGAGGAACCGAGGGAUAGGGACAAGCAGAGAGGGAACAACAGACCCCGAGACAUAGACAGAGAAAGGGAUGGAGAGAUGGAGAGAAACAGAGAGAGGCCAGCGGAGGGGAAUGAGAGGAGCAGAGCCAACACUAGUCCUAACAACAAUCACCACCACCCAUCAUCAUCCUCUAAGCGUUACUCCAAGUCAGACAUCAGAAGACCCAGGAACCGCACCUACAGCACCAGCUCUGCCAGCAGUGGCACCAGUCUGGACGGACCUGGACUGGGACAGGGAGGGGGUUUGGGGGAGGACAGGGCCCGACGAGACCGGUUGGGGCGCAGGGAGCGAGAGAGAGGGGAGGGAGGAGGAGGUCAGCUCCAGAACAGGAGGAGAAGCACUAGAGACUCCUCUACUGACUCACUGGAAGAGAGCAAGGUGGGAGAAUGGAUGGAUGAGAGGAGGAGAAGGAGGAGAGACGGAGGAGAGGAGGACUGGAGCCCGGAGAGGAGGAAGAGGGGGGAGGAGAGCAGAGGGACAGGAGGGAGGCACAGAGGAGGAGGAGGGAGAGGAGGUCUCCUGAGAAUAUCUCACAGUGACAGACAGUCAGGCUCCUCCCAGGCUACCUCAGGCCCUGGCGAGGACCCCCAGGGGCGACGCAGACAGGGCACUGGGCCUCGCAGCAGGGGGAGGGGCAUCCUCAUCCUCCCCGCCCACACCAACCUCUCCAAUUUGCCGGCGGAGCCCGGGCCGAGGCUUCUGUUUGGUGGGAUCCGUGGAGGAAGAGAUGCGGGGCUAGGGAGAGGAGGAGGAAGGGGCGGAGGAACUAGGCGUCUCUGGGACCCAAACAACCCCGACCAGAAACCUGCCCUCGGGCUCUCCCAGCAUGCAUCGCUCCAGCAGCAGCCCAUGUACCUGCAGACAGGCGUUGGUUACGGAGCGCUGCACUUCCUGGAUACAGAUGACGAGGCUGCAGGGAGUCCCCCGGUCCUCCAGGGGGAGCACUUCCACCUCCAGCAGCAGGCUGCAGCCAGGGCCCAGGCCUUCUACAAGUACCAGAACUCUGACAACCCUUACCCUUACAACGCCAACCCUAACCCCAACACACGCUACCCCUACCCUUACCACACUAUGCCCGCCGGCCCUUACCAGGUCCCCCCCUCUAACGACAUGUACCACCCGGGUCAGUUCUACGGGGGGUACAGGGGCCAGGGGUACCCGGAUGGACCCGAGGCUCUAGCAGGGGGUGGAUCCGGAGCAGGUGUAACCCCUGAGGAGGCUGGGCAACAUGCCAGAGGAGAGCUGGGGAGACUGCUGAGAGCUGCAGACAGUCAGGAGUUACAGCUCACUAACCUGUUGUCUCGAGACAGACUCAGUGCUGAUGGACUGGACCGCAUGGCUCAGCUCAGAGCUGACCUGUUGACCCUGUACGAGCGGGUGAUCCUAACAGACAUAGAGUUCAGUGACAGCCAGAACCUGGACCAGGCUCUAUGGAAGAACGUGUUCUACCAGGUUAUAGAGCGCUUCAGACAGCUCCUCAAAGACCCCAGUGGAGACUCAGCUCCGCGCAUCACCACCAUGCUACUGACACUGCUGGACGAGGGGGCAGUAUUCUUUGAUGCGCUGCUGCAGAAGCUUCAGAUGGUGUUUCAGUUUAAACUGGAGGAUUACAUGGACGGCAUGGCCAUCAGACCACGACCACUACGCAAAACGGUGAGGUAUGCUCUGAUCAGUGCCCAGCGGUGUUUGAUCUGUCAGGGGGACAUCGCCCGUUACCGGGAGCAGGCCAGCGACUCGGCUAACUACGGCAAGGCCCGCAGUUGGUACCUGAAGGCCCAGCAGAUUGCUCCUAAGAACGGACGACCCUACAACCAGCUGGCCCUGCUGGCUGUCUACACGAAGAGGAAGUUGGAUGCAGUGUAUUAUUACAUGCGUAGCCUGGCGGCCUCCAAUCCCAUCCUCACUGCCAAGGAGAGCCUCAUGAGUCUGUUUGAAGAGGCCAAACGCAAGGCAGACCAGAUGGGGCGGAAGCAGGAGUCAGAAGGGGGUUCCAGGGGCCCGGGGGUCCAGGGUGGAGGAAGAGGACGGGGGGAGCCGGGGGCCAGAGUAGAGAUCUGGCUUCGCCCUGUCGUCCAGGCAGGGGCUCUCUCAUCGCACCGCGGGGGCAGCGAGUCCAGCAGAGACUCUGAACAGGACGGAGAGCUCGGCAACCUCAGUGCUAGUGAUCUCAAUAAGAGGUUCAUACUCAGCUUCCUCCACGCUCAUGGAAAACUCUUCACUAAAGUGGGCAUGGAGUCGUUCCCAGAGGUGGUCAGUCGUGUUCUCCAGGAGUUCAGAGUGCUGAUCCAACACAGCCCCUCCCCCCUGGGCAGCACACGCAUGUUACAGAUCAUCACCAUCAACAUGUUCACUAUACACAACGCUCAGAGCAGAGGAGGAGAUGGUGAGGUGAGGUCUGUUUUACAGGAACAGACUACAGCUCUGGGUCUGGCCAUGUUCUCUCUGCUGGUCCAGCGCUGCACAGAACUACUGAGAGACACGCCUGCAGAGUCCAUCCCCGAGGAGGAGAGAGAAGAUGGGGAUGAGUGGGAGGAGGGGAUGGUGAGAGUUUCUGCCUUCCCAUUGGACCUGAGGGAGUUGCUGCCUAGCGUUAAAGUCUGGUCUGAUUGGAUGCUUGGACACCCCGACCAAUGGAAUCCUCCGCCUUGUAGUAUAGAGGAUACCGCAAUAGCAGCAGACUGUAAAAGGGUAACAGUGUUGAAGUAUUUCCUGGAGGCUCUGUGUGGACAGGAACAACCUCUUCUGGCCUUCAAGGGAGGGAAGUAUGUCUCCAUGGCAACCUCUCCCCAACCCAGCAGCCCUGGCGACGCCCACAGUCGACACGACUCACUGACCGAGAGAGAGAGCGAUGACGUCAUCGUGGAGGCGGAGUCGUCUGUUUCCGAGGGGGAUGAGGGCGGGGGCAGCGAAGAUGACAUCAGAGAGCUCCGGGCCAGACGCAGCGCCCUCACUAACAGACUGGCUCAGCAGCAACGACGCAGGGACAAGAUACAGGCGGUGUUACAGACGUGUGGUCAGUUGGAGUUAGAGGUACGUCCUCUUUUCCUGGUUCCAGACACCAAUGGCUUCAUCGACCACCUGACCGGCCUCAAGACGCUGCUGCAGUCUGGGACUUACAUACUGGUGGUGCCCCUCAUAGUGAUAACAGAGUUGGAUGGUCUGGCGAAGGGUCAGGAGAGCUGCGGAGGCUCUGGCGGUGGUCAUGGCGGCGGUGGUUCCCGUGGUAACCCUGGCGCAACUCAUGCGCGGGCGGUCCAGGAGAAGGCCAAGGUUGCCGUGGCGUUUCUGGAGCGAGGGUUCGAGGCCAGAGAGCCCUGUCUCAGAGCGCUGACCAGCAGAGGAAGUCAACUGGAGUCUAUCGCCUUCCGCAGUGAAGACACCUCCGGACAACAGGGGAACAAUGAUGAUGUCAUCUUGUCCUGCUGUCUCCACUACUGCAAAGACAAGGCUAAGGACUUCAUGCCUGCAAAGAGAGACGGUCCGGUGCGGUUGCGUCGGGAGGUGGUUCUUCUGACAGAUGACCGUAACCUGCGGGUCAAAGCCCUGACCAGGAAUGUGCCGGUCAGAGACAUCCCCGCAUUCCUCACCUGGGCCAAAGUGGGCUGAACUGGGUCACACCUUAGACCACGCCCAGAGCACCCAAACAACCAAUCAACUGCUGAGAACCGCUGGCCACCUCCCAUACCAUCGGAGUGGAGGAGGAGCCUGGAAGCUAAUGCAGAAGUGAAGACUGAUGGAGAGAAGGAGAAGAAAGCUUUUUUUGUGGAAAAAUGAAAUAUGGAAACUAAAAAGCAUUUUUUUGUUGUUGUGUGGAAUGAGUUGAAAUAGGCUGAGAUCUUUUUAACCUCUCAUUGUGAUGAGGUGUGUGUGUUUGCCGCUGAGCUCAGGGAGCGGGAGGGAGGAGAGGAGCAGGGAGAGUUUAAGAGAUGCGGGAAGGCUGGCCCAUGAAGAGAUGUAGAAGACAGAAGGAGGAGAGGUAUUUGUGUUCAUUUCUGGUUUCUUCGGUCCAGCCAUGCGUCGUGCAUAACUUCUGCAGUGCGUUCACAAGGCCAGGUACUUACCUCCGUGGAAACGACAGAGAGGAAGAGAGAGAGGGAGGUUAGGGCUGGAGGACGAAGGCCCAAACCUGACUGAGAAGUGUUAUAGUAUGUGUUUGUGUGAGGGUCUGUUUGACUGACAGCUGUCUGGAACCCCAGAGCCGCACAGAGAGAAAGGCUUUGUAUUUUUUAAUGAACCUUUAUUUAACUCGGCAAGUCAGUAAAGAACAAAUUCUUAUUUACAACGAGGGCCAAACUCUAACCCUGAUGACACUGGGCCGGUUGUGAUACAGCCUGGAAUCGAACCAGGGUCUGUAGUGUAGCCUCUAGCACUGAGAUGCUGUGCUAUAGACCACUGCGCCACUCGGGGGAGUGGCAGGGGAGCCAGGUUGUAUCGGGGUACCAGCCAGGUUGUAGUAUCAGGGUACCAGCCAGGUUGUAGUAUCAGGGUACCAGCCAGGUUGUAGUAUCAGGGUACCAGCCAGGUUGUAGUAUCGGGGUACCAGCCAGGUUGUAGUAUAGGGGUACCUGCCAGGUUGUAGUAUCAGGGUACCAGCCAGGUUGUAGUAUCAGGGUACCAGCCAGGUUGUAGUAUCAGGGUACCAGCCAGGUUGUAGUAUCAGGGUACCAGCCAGGUUGUAGUAUCAGGAUACCAGCCAGGUUGUAGUAUCAGGAUACCAGCCAGGUUGUAGUAUCAGGGUACCAGCCAGGUUGUAGUAUCAGGAUACCAGCCAGGUUGUAGUAUCAGGAUACCAGCCAGGUUGUAGUAUCAGGAUACCAGCCAGGUUGUAGUAUCAGGGUACCAGCCAGGUUGUAGUAUCAGGGUACCAGCCAGGUUGUAGUAUCAGGAUACCAGCCAGGUUGUAGUAUCAGGAUACCAGCCAGGUUGUAGUAUCAGGAUACCAGCCAGGUUGUAGUAUCAGGAUACCAGCCAGGUUGUAGUAUCAGGGUACCAGCCAGGUUGUAGUAUCAGGGUACCUGCCAGGUUGUAGUAUCAGGGUACCAGCCAGGUUGUAGUAUCAGGAUACCAGCCAGGUACCUUCCUCUACCCACCCUCCUCCAGGUCCGCGUGACCCCGAGCCACAUUCUCAGCCUCUGAUGACCCGGAAGUGGUCCGUUUCAGUUCCUGUAAAACCAUGAAGUGAUUUUCAUCCCAGUUGCCCAGCAGCUUGUGUGAGGCUGAGAGUCUUUCCCAAGGCUGAGAGUCUUUCCCAAGGCUGAGAGUCUUUCCCAAGGCUGUGAGUCUUUCCCAAGGCUGAGAGUCUUUCCCAAGGCUGAGAGUCUUUCCCAAGGCUGAGAGUCUUUCCCAAGGCUGUGAGUCUUUCCCAAGGCUGAGAGUCUUUCCCAAGGCUGAGAGUCUUUCCCAAGGCUGAGAGUCUUUCCCAAGGCUGAGAGUCUUUCCCAAGGCUGAGAGUCUUUCCCCAGGCUGAGAGUCUUUCCCAAGGCUGAGAGUCUUUCCCAAGGCUGAGAGUCUUUCCCAAGGCUGUGAGUCUUUUCCCAAGGCUUCUGUAAAAGGAACAGCUUUAAAGACAAAAAGACAAAGAAAAAAUACUUGGGUCUUUUUUAGCAUUGUGUGGGAGUGUGUUGUUUCUGAGUUGGUUGGUGUAUCCAUUGGGAGUGUGUGAUGUUUAUGCUCUACAGAAGAGCUUUUCUGUCAGCAGACGUUCUCACUCACCUAACCUUUUAGUUUGUUGUUUUUAAUCCUUUCAAAAUAUUAUCAUAAGAUUCAACUUUAGUUUUAGGUCAUUGUAUAUUUUGUGUGUGUUGUUUUCCUUUGUUUUUAUCACCACCUCUGGGUAACUCGUUCAGCUUCUAUAAAUUAUAUAUCUAUGUUCGUUCUAAGUUCAGAACUUUGUGCUGAUCUGUUUCUUUAUGAGUGGCUAAGACCCGGGCUGCGUCCCAAAAUGGUCAAAAGUUGUGUACUAAGCCUAUAAGGAACAGGGUGCUAAUAGGGUGCCAAUAGGCUGCCAAUAGGGUGCCAACAGGGUGCCCUAUACUGAUCAGACAAUUAACAAUGGAAUUAGCUUUUGUAGCACCACAGUGUGCACACGUUAACAAGCGGGUAUGACACGUGUGUGUUUACCACAAACGUGCGUGUCAGAGUACACACUAUUCUGCGUCAGACAGACGGGGGAGUCUUUUCACAACCGUAAAAUGUCCCACACAAUAUAAACAAAGAUGACAUCAGUGAACGACGUACCAGACGUAGUAAUAUGUUUGAUCAGCAUGCUAUAAUGAUUUACUAUUCAUGCUGACGUUAAACGUGUUACCAGUUCUAAUCUGUCCUCCAGACGGCACAAGGUAGUUGGUUUAUUAUCCGUCUAUGACAGUAACACACACAGUUGAGUAAUUUCACAAAGCAUUAAACAUCAGUCUUGUAAGCUCAGGUCUAUGAACAACUAUAGAUAGAUUUGGUAUAAAUGAGUUGAUACUCUCAAUCAUUUUGAUCUUUAUCUUUGUGUGUUGUGUAUUUGCCAAAACCAUAGCUAGUUAACUUGUUGAUCCCACUUGUUUAGGAAUCUUUGAGUGGGUCCCAAUGAUCUCUCCUUUCUCCCAAAGUGUGCACUUGUUCACUUUUUGUGGGAGGGAUUGGUGAUCGAGUGCGCACUUCAGGAGGAAGGAGAGAUUCCCGGGACGCUCCCUCCGCCUACUCUCACUGUUCUGUCUAUAUGCUGGAGCCGACCCCAGGCCUGCAUGUACUAUCCCAUCACAAGGCUUUUUCAUUAUUUUCCAUGAGUUGUUUGAUUAAAUGAUUUGUUUUGAUUCAAA